AUGGAUCCCUCCAUCUACUCCACCGCUUUUCCCCCCUUACCCACCUCCUCCUCCUCUCCUCUUCUACCUACUGGUUCCACCAACCCUUUGCCUUGGAACCGUGUCUUCUCUGAACCCCCGAAUGCUAGCGAGUUCAACAUUUCAACCUUACCCACACCGGAUGAAAUCAUUGAUUUUCCCACAGAAGACAUCACUGACGAGGUAGAAGCUUACAACCCUGCACUAGUUGGUUAUUCCUUCGGUAAAAUACCAUAUUACGAAGCUCUUCUAAGUGCGGUAAAAAAAUUGUGGAAGCUCAAAGGUAACAUCCAACUGAUCUCUUUAAGUGAAGGUUUUUUUCUGUUCAAAUUCUCAUGUGUUGAAGACUAUGAUAUGGUUUGGACAAAGGGAGCUUGGUUUAUUUUUGGUAAACCUUUCAUCUUUAAGAAAUGGACAUCUCAUUUUAGUCCUGAAAGAGAAGAGUAUGCUAACGUUCCUAUAUGGUUUAAGAUACAUGAUCUCCCACUCUGCUGUUGGACCCCCACAGGAAUUUCCAAAAUCGCAAAAGAAAUCGAUACUCCUCUGGCCGUUGACGCUCUCACAGCUAACAAAACCAGACUUACUUAUGCUCGAGUCUGCGUUCAAGUCGAUUCCUCUGCAACCUACCCUGCUUCCAUCCCCAUCACGGUUGAAGGUAAGCUCUUCAACCUGAGAAUUCAAUAUGAAUGGCAUCCUAUGAUUUGCGAUCUUUGCAAAUCCUUUAACCACCAAGCACCUUCUUGCCCUUCUAAUCCGAAUCCCAAACCCACUCUUCCCCCUUCUGGGCCCCGCGGCAGAAGCACAAGCAGGCGUCCUAGACCUCCUUCUAACAGCCCAAAAGGUAUCCUCCAGAACCCCAACAUCAGCACUGCCCCUAUACAAACUUCUCCUCCUCUAAAUGACUCCAUUCCUCCACCUGUCCUGUCAUUCUUACCCUCUGCUUCUGUUAUUUCAGAGCCAAUUUCUUUCUGCCCCCUUCCCGCUGAAGGCAGCCAACCUUUUAUUGGACCUUUAGCUGAUAUACCCAGCAGCAAAGACAUUUCUCCUACAUACCCAGAACCUGUGUCUAUUCCAAACCUCAACUCCCCUACACAGCCAUCCACUUCUUCCACCGAACUCCUCCCUCCUCAAAGAAAUCCUCCUCUUCCUAAAUCCUCUUCUCCUAAUAAAUUCUCUAUUCUUCAGACUCUCUCUAACUCUGAAUCCAAUACCGAUCCAGAGAAUGCGACACAGACCCGUUCAACCAAAACUGAUACUGAGACUUCCUCUCCUCGAUCCAGUUCUAAGCUCAAUACUUCUCAACCUAAUACAGCAGCUCAAUCGACUCGAAACACAAGGGGUAAAGACCCGGGUCGGAUUGGGUUAAAAUGGAAUGCCAGCAAAGUUUCCUUCACUCCUGUUUUUGUCUCUAAGCAGGUUAUUGCUGGAAUAUUGGUGUACUAUGGUAAUCUUCCCCCUUUCUUCUUAUCAGUUGUGUAUGCUGCAAAUCAUUUUGAAGAACGCAGUUUGCUUUGGGAUGAACUUAGACAAAUUGCUCCUAUUCAUGGGACGGCUUGGGCUGUGUUAGGAGACUUUAAUUGUUGCAGAUUCCCCUCAGAAAAGUCUGGAGGGAAUGUCUUAAAUACUUCAAGGUUGGCUCCUUUUAAUUCCUUUAUUUUUGAUGCAAAUCUAGAAGACCUACCUUCAUCUGGUAACUUUUAUACUUGGUUCAAUCAAAGGGCUGAUAAUCUCAUCCACAUUAAACUGGAUCGUGUGCUUAUUAACGAAACUUGGAUUUCUGCUUAUCCUAACUCUUACUACAAAGUUUGUAACAGUCUGGUUUUAGAACACACACCUCUCAUCCUCAAAUCAAAGUUGGAUAGAUCAACUAGCAAAAGGUUUAUGUUUAAAAACUUCUGGUGCAAAAUUCCUAAAUUUUGGGAUAUUCUUAUCUCCAUUUUUGCCUCUCCCUCUCAAGGUAACCCUAUUAACUCUCUUUAUCAAAAGCUUAAUCUUCUGAAGAAGGAAAUUAAAUCCAAAAAAUGGGCUUCCUCUAGCCAUUUAGACAUUAAAUGUGCUGAAAUUUCUGCUGUUCAAAAUCAACUCCAACUUCAACUUGAUACUAACCCUCUCAAUUUCUCUAUCUGCGGCCUUCUUAAGAAGAUUAAUUUGGAUUUUGCCUUUUACAAUUCUCUGAGGGCUAAUUGGAUCAUUCAGAGAUCCAAAGUCAAGUGGCUUACCAAUGGGGAGGAAGAUCUAAAAUUUCUGUAUUCUAGGAUUCAUAGAAGAAAUUCUCAUAACUUGAGUAUUUGCACUCUUCUAUUUGUAAUAAUGAAAGGCCUCAUGCUUCAAACAUUAUGGGAAUUGUUGAUCAUUUCAAAGAGCUAUACAAUUCCCCCAAGCCUAUUUCCUCAAGCUUAA